GUUACCCUUUUACCCUAGGUCUCCAUAGAAGCCAUGCUCUGCUCAGCAACAAAACGGUGGCAAAUUGGACAUCAUGUGCCAAAUCAACAGCAGUUGCAGCGUCAUCUUUUUCACUUUCAGCUUACUUCCCAUAUGGGUAUUUCCCUUUAUCAAAAAGUCCACCACCUUGUAAAUUUCUGGGUUUGGAUAUAUAGAGAGAGGAUCCAUAAGGGAUCACAUCUAGCACUUGCAAGUCUUAGCUGUGUGUGGAAGGCAGGGAACUAAGGAACAAAAAUGGAGGAACCUGCUGAAAUGGUGGGAAGGGCAUUUGUGGAUCAUUACUACCACUUGUUUGAUAACGAUAGGGCUUCACUAUCUUCUCUGUAUAGGGACACCUCUUUGAUGACCUUUGAGGGACAGAGAAUAUGUGGGGUGAGUGAAAUCUCUUCCAAGCUUACCCAGCUUCCAUUUGAUCAAUGCCGGCACGUGAUCAGCACCAUUGAUUCUCAGCCAUCGGCGCCGGCGGGAGGCGGCGUUGUUGUCUUUGUCAGUGGCAGCCUCCAGUUGGCGGGAGAGGAGCAUCAUCUCAGGUUUAGCCAGAUGUUUCACUUGAUUCCAGCAGCAGAAUGCUUCUAUGUGCAGAAUGACAUAUUUCGUCUCAACUAUGGCUAAUUUGAGUUUGACUCAUUGACAGCACCAGGUGCUUCUGCUUUUGUUGCUUAAUUCGUGUGAUUAAAAUUGUUGGUUGUUCAUUUCAGAGUUUGGGAAUGAAGGAAUACACUGUGCUUUAAUUUUCUCUCUGUAUGAUGCCUUCGUGGGGAAGUGACCAAAAAGCCUGGCGCUUCAUAUUCCCCACUACAUGCAUCGAUCAUUUCUCUUUUUAGCCAUUGAAAAAGAUUCUUCAUUGCGUUGUCUCGUCAUUGGGCUUCCUUGUUUUUGGAAUCCUUUUUCACCAAUGUUGUUAGGGCCUGUAACAAAAAUGUGUUGUUUGGGUCAACACUUUGCAUCAAAACCCAUCCAAGGUUAUAUGAUUCAACUUCAAUAA